AUUGCAGCUUAGCACAGAGCAGUAGUAGUACUGAGAGGAGGCCGCUUGGAAUACAUCUGAACGCAAUCACACGACAACAACUGACUCCAUACCCUUAAACUCGAGUCUUCAUUCUGUGAUUUAAAUUCGAAUGCGCAUAGGAUACGACAUUUAAACGAAAGGAGGAUAACUUCGAACGAUUAACUUUGAAGAUUUUUUUUUUAAUUUUGGGGCACUUUGGUCACGUAUUCUUGCGCAGGGACUGUGUUAACGUAUGCACAGAGGGAAGAUUUUAUAUUAGCGCUAUCACACUGGAUGAACUGAAUGGACUAAAGAAAAAUACUUUUGAUGCCUCACACGGAACGCGUUUCAAAGAACCCUUUCACUUUGAGAGGACUCUGUGAAACUUAAUUUUUAUCUUGAUAACGUGUCAACUGUAUAGUGUUGUUUUGCAUUCAAGGCUGCAGCGCACAUUGUAAAUCCAGUUUUUGGAAUGAUUUCAGCAAUAUCCAGUCCGUGGCUGACGCAGCUGUCCCAUUUUUGCGAUGUUGCAGCCUUCACGACCAGCAGCCUGAGCAGUCUCAAUACGCCAGGGAGCUAUCAUCUCUCGCCUUCCCCUGGGGACCCGUACAGCCAGCAUGACACCCACUUUGAGCCUUGCCCGGCGGCCCAACAUAGCUACAACUACACGGGGUCGAACCCAGCCCAGGCCCAACAGGGCGAUACUGGGACUUCGAACUGUUCCUCGUCGUCCUCGAACUCAACGCCGAACAAGUCGCUGGUGAAAAAGAAUCCUAAAGUGGCCAACAUUAACGUUCAGCUGGAGAUGAAAGCUCUAUGGGAUGAAUUCAAUCAGCUUGGAACUGAGAUGAUUGUAACCAAAGCUGGCAGGCGAAUGUUUCCAACGUUUCAAGUCAAAAUAUUCGGAAUGGACCCCAUGGCAGACUACAUGCUUCUAAUGGAUUUCCUACCGGUCGACGAUAAAAGAUACAGGUAUGCUUUCCACAGCUCAUCGUGGCUGGUUGCUGGCAAAGCGGACCCCGCAACUCCCGGCAGAGUCCAUUACCAUCCCGAUUCCCCUGCCAAAGGCGCACAAUGGAUGAAACAAAUAGUUUCAUUUGAUAAAUUAAAGCUUACCAAUAAUUUACUGGAUGACAAUGGACAUAUAAUUCUAAACUCAAUGCAUAGAUACCAGCCUCGAUUCCACGUGGUUUAUGUCGAUCCUCGAAAAGACAGUGAGAAGUAUGCUGAGGAGAAUUACAAGACCUUUGUUUUUGAGGAGACACGAUUCACCGCCGUUACAGCAUACCAAAACCACAGGAUUACUCAGCUAAAAAUAGCCAGCAAUCCUUUUGCAAAGGGUUUCAGGGACUGUGAUCCAGAGGACUGGCCCAGGAACCACAGGCCUGGUUCUCUGCCAAUUAUGAGUGCCUUUGCCAGGACAAGAAAUCCAAUGUCAUCUCCUCCCCAGCAAAAUGGCACAGAAAAAGAAGACAGGCGGGAAUAUGACCGCGACCCCACGGGCACGCCGAUCCAUGGAGACCCGGCGCACCAGCUGAUGUCCCGUGUCCUGAGUCCUGCCUUGCCCGUGCCCGGCGGACUCCACGCCGUGCCCCUGACCGCCGGCCCACGCAGCCCGCCCCAUGAACUGCGCCUCGAGGGCCACCCCCAGCCACCAGACACGCUACACCACCACCCCUACAAGUACCCCACCACCUACGAACACUACCUGGGGGCCAAGGCCAGGCCAUCGCCCUACCCCAUACCCAGCAUUCGUGGCCACGGAUACCACCACCACAUGAACCCCUCGGCAGCCAACAUGUACUCAGCCACCAACGCCCCGGCCAACUACGAUUACGGCCCCCGAUAAUGGCUCACCCCUGCCCUGUGGCUGUGCGGCACACACACACACACACACACACACACACACACACACACACACACACACACACACACACACACACACACACACGAGCUAUGGAAACUUGAGCAGUGGCAAUCUAGCAAGCCAGCAGGAAAAGAAGUACAAUUAAAAGAGCCCUAUGGCACGCGUUGCUGUGAGACUGUGGUGGCAUGUCGUACCCCCCCACCCCCACCCCAAAACUCUCCUCCUGCACAGGAUACUUCAGAUGGAACCGACGCUGCCGUAUUUAUUGAAAAGGGGAACCGCUCUUUUUGUAGGCGAUGAGAACCGGUUCCCCGGACACACGUGAGGGCUUUGAACGGUCCUGUGAGGUUUGAACCGUGACAGCUCCAAGCCGGGGCGGACAGACUCUGCUGUCGGUGACGGCAAAGGAUAAGCCCCGCUACACUAGCAGGGUGCAUUAUCACAGACUGGAAUUGAAUUUUGUGUUGAAUGCACUUUUGUAUUUUGUUGAUUAUUUUUUGGGUGUUUUUAAUUUUUUGCUUUCAAAAAGCCAUAAAUUAUAUACUCUCGAGUCCAUCAAGCUUCUAGAUAAAGGACAUAUUUGCAUGUUGCGCUCAUCUGAAGGUGUUGAAAUACCCUAAAAUGUUUUUUGUUUGAAAAGGAAUAUUUUUGUGAAAUGCUAGAACACCAUCAGCAGUCCUGAGAAGCUUGGCUACCAUGGCACUGACUUACAGCAGUUCUAAAUGAAUAGACAAAGUGACCUUGCUGUACCUGUAAAAUAAACAUUAAAUUCUUUACAGUAAA